AUGGCUGAACAUUACCGCUUAGACGCUAGUCACGCAUUAUCCCUAAUGCAAAAUGGUGACCUUACCGUUGAGGAAUAUGCAAAGUCUCUUCUCUCUCGUAUCAAGGAAAGAGAUCACGUUGUCAAGGCUUGGGCAUACCUAGAUCCUGAUUUUGUUCUCAAGCAAGCUCGAGCACUUGACCAGAUACCAGCCGAACAACGCGGGCCGCUUCAUGGUGUCGCCAUCGGAGUGAAGGAUGUGAUUCUUACUAAGGAUAUGCCAACGCAACAUAACUCGGCAAUAUACACGAGCAGUGAGCCUAGUACAGUUGAUGCUGCCCCGAUCAUCACACUCCGUGCUUCGGGUGCCUUGAUUUUUGGCAAAACCACGACAACAGAAUUUGCGUCCGUCACUGAUGGCCCAGAAACCAGCAAUCCACAUGACUCGACUAGAACUCCAGGUGGCUCUUCAAGCGGAUCUGGAGCUGCAGUUGGAGAUUUCCAAGUCCCAAUUGCCUUGGGAACUCAAACGGGUGGUUCAACCGUUCGACCAGGGAGCUUUAAUGGCAUAUUCGCUUUGAAGCCGACCUGGGGAGCAAUAUCUCGUGAGGGUUUAGCACAGUACUCGAUCACAUGUGAUACCCUCGGACUCUAUGCUCGCUCUGUUGCUGACCUUCAACUCCUCGCUAAAGUAUUUCAACUGGCCGACGAUAAACCCGUCAAGCCAACUCCAUUUGAUAUUAAACGCUCUAAGGUGGCAUUUUGCAAAACAGCCAACUGGCCCAAAGCUGGACCUGGAACGCAAGGUGCCUGGGAGAAGGCCAAGUCGAUCCUAGAAAAGCAGGGAGCGAAGGUUGAGGAGAUAGAGCUACCUGAAGACUUCGCUAAAAUUAAGGAUUGGCAUGCAAAUGUCCUUGCUGGCGAAGGUCGAACGUCAUUUCUGGGAAAUUAUCUUCUUGCAAAAGACAAAAUGCAUUCGAUGCUUCAUGGGCAUGUAGAAAACCACACCAAACUAUCCCGGAAAGCACAACUCGAGUCUUAUGAUGGAUGCGCAAGGCUACGUCCAGUCUGGGAUGAUCUUGCCAGCAAAUUUGACGCCGUGUUCACACCUAGUGUUGUUGAUGAGGCUCCUGUAGGUCUGGGGAGCACUGGAGAUGCUUCUUUCUGUUCGAUGUGGACCAUUCUCCAAGUUCCGUGCCUAAACAUUCCUGGCUUUGGGGGAGAAAAUAAGUUACCUAUCGGUCUCACCCUCGUAGGUCCGCGGUAUACCGAUGAGCAUGUUCUCUGGGUCGGAAAGAGCAUUGGGGAAGUUUUUGCGCGAGAGGGUGGUUGGAAAUCAAAACUGAUCUAA